CUGUUACAGUGCUUACGGUGGCCGCGAUAGGCCAGCCCAGUAACCGAACUCGGUGGGCAGGAAGGCAAGCGGCUACGAGAACGGCGAGGCUGGAGCUGGGAUCGCUAUGGAGACCCUCUACCGAGUGCCGUUUUUGGUGCUGGAAUGCCCCAACAUUAAAUUGAAGAAGCCGAGCUGGGUGCACAUGCCCUCGGCCAUGACGGUCUACGCGCUAGUGGUGGUUUCUUACUUCCUCAUCACGGGAGGAAUAAUUUAUGAUGUGAUUGUAGAACCUCCUAGUGUUGGUUCAAUGACUGAUGAACAUGGACAUCAACGGCCUGUGGCAUUCUUGGCAUACAGAGUAAAUGGACAAUACAUUAUGGAAGGGCUCGCGUCAAGUUUUCUCUUCACAAUGGGUGGACUUGGUUUCAUAAUACUGGAUCGUUCCAAUGCACCAAAUAUCCCAAAGCUGAAUAGAUUUCUGCUACUUUUUAUUGGAUUUGUGAGCGUCUUGUUGAGUUUCUUCAUGGCGAGAGUCUUUAUGCGAAUGAAAUUACCGGGCUACUUGAUGGGUUAAUGCCUUUUCUGAUUGCUGCAGAUGGAAGAUUGUAUUUCCUUCUCAUUAGGAAGAAGAAUGGAUAGCAAAAAUACAUAGCCCCAUCAUUCCUAUCUAAAGCCACAAGAGAGAGAGAGAAUGAGUAGACUAGUCAAAGGAUUGUUUUCUCAUUUUCUCCUUCUAUAAACAUGAUUUGUUGCAGGCAGUUAGUUUAGCAAACGUGUCCCCAUUUUUCUUCAGUAUUUAAAAAAGGAACAUUCUCGUGUUAUCAGGCCUAAGUGUAUUAUGUCGGUACAAUAGACUCACAACUACAAUCCUGUUCCCUGUCCUUCAUGGUCAACCUCAGAGUAAUAAUUCUAUACUUUCUUGUAAUACCUUGGCUUGGUCUAUCUCCUUGUGAGAGACCCUAUUUUGAAAAUGUGAAG